GGAAUGGAGUGAACGCGCCAUUUUUGAGCUCUCGCCACCUUGUUAUGUUUCAUCAUUAUUUUCUACUUGGAACCAGUAAAUGCCGUGAAUAAACUUCUUCUACUUGAAACUGACUGUGCUUGGGAAUCAUUGACCUGAGAAAACAUUUUCUACCUCAUGAAGAAAACCUAUGAUUUGAGAAGAAAAAUGCCAGGACCAGCUCAACGAAAUGCGAACGCUACACAAAGCCAACGCCCUAAAUCGCCAGUUACGAGUGUUACAGUGCCACGUAUGCAGUCUGAAGACCCGUCAUCGGUUCAACCUACACUUGCAGACGUGCAAAAAUCACUGAGUGAUUUUUCUGGCAAGGUUUGCACCAAAUUGGAUGAGAUUCAUACAGAUAUUACGUGCAUGAAAAAGAAGAUGGCAGAUUUGGAGGCAACAGUGGCUGACAACGCGGCUCGAGUCUUAGACAUCGAAAAGGGUAAGCUUCCUGAAAUGGGAUCAAAGCUGCAGAAAGAGAUCGAUCUACUGAACGAGAAGUUAUUGCUUUCGGAAAUCUACCACAGGAAAGCAAACCUUCUUUUUUAUGGCAUAGAAAAAAAGCCUAAUGAAAAUGUAGAAAGGGUUCUACGUGAAGCUUUUAAAGCCAUUGGCUUGAGUGAAGAAGAAGCUGAAUCAAUUGCUCUCAUCAAUGCUCAUCGCCUACCCAACGGGAAUGUAACCAAUAAUGCUCCCCAGCCAAUAAUUGCUAAAUUCAUCUACAUGGCUCAGAGAAAUCGAUUGUUGUCUGCUUUCGAGGGAAGAACCGUCAACCGCCGAGGAAAUGAUCAGGAAGUCGCCAGGCCUAAUCCACGGAUCACCGUACGCACAGACCUACCACCGGCACUCAAAGCACAACGAAGCAUCCUAGCGACCAAAGCAUACAACCUGCGGAAAGAGAACAACUUAUCUACUAAGAUAGUGGUUACUGGCACCAAAGUCACACUCUUCACGAAAGAAAAAAACUCCACAGCUGAAUGGAAGGCCUACAAAGAAUAACUUGGUGAGUUUAAAAUCAUCAUUAACUAACCAUCUCGACGUAUUGACUCAUCACUAUUUUGCCUUCCGUGGCUUCUUACAUCAGCUCCAUUAUAUUGUUUAUAAUCGCUCAUCAA